AUGGCAAAUCCUCCUCAGAGCGGCGAUGGAGCUGCCUGCACCACAGUUGUCACGGAGUUCCGAAGCGUGACCGAGGAGCACCCGGAGAAUUAUACCAUCGAGGUGGACUUUAUGGACAAAGGAGAGAUCCGAGGGCUAAUCCAGGAGCUGUUGUCAAAUGUUCGACAGUAUUACACAGAUGCCUACCGAGAAGUUAUGGAGCGGCAAGAACAAGAGGAGAUCAAGACUGUUGCCAACAGAGCCUGGGAGACGCUGCUCUCGCUCUUUCCUAACCAGCCAACACUUGAUAUUGAUUUUCUUUCUUCGGAGGGAGAAAAUGCAGCCGCGUCUAUAAUGAAAACACUGGAAGAGUGGGCAAUAGCUGGGUUGGACCACCGGCCAGGUGGACGCGACAGCCUUCACUAUUCAGUCGUGGCUGGACAUGCUGAUAAGUGCAUGGCGCACCUUGAUAGCUUUAUGAGUGACGCAGGGGAUGGGGAUCGGCCCGCGCUAUGGCCUUUUGUGAAGCUCAUCAGGGUGUAUUUGCGAUCACCAAUCCUACGCACUGGUCUAGUCCUGGCUGACCUUCCAGGAUUUCGGGAUUUGAACUUUGCUCGACUCCGGGCAACUGAAAGGUACCUUCGCCACAGUUGCGACGAAGUGUUCAUUGAUGUGGAUGCAAAGGAGACUGCACGGACAUCAUCAGAAGUUGACGCGAAACACAUCUCCAACCUUGACGACCAAAUUCAGAAGCUUGAACGCAGAAUCGCCAAUGCGCGGGCUCGUCGACGACGAUUUGCCGACAGCAAAAGACGAAAUUUGGCAGCGGAUGAGAUCAUCGACUUGGAGUAUGUGGAUCGAUUCGAGGAUCAAUCCUUAAAGUACAUGCUGACCCAGGAUAUCCACAGCGAGCGGAAAGAGGCACUUAUACUCGAACUGAAGCAAUUCCUCAUUUCAAGACGCAACAAGAGCGUGACAGAGGCUUUGAUGAGCUCAUACACAGCCAAGGUGUUCUGCGUGAGCAACAAGCUCUACUCAGAGUAUUGUUCGCUUGAUUCCGACCAGGCUGAUGGAUACCUCCAGCUAUCCGGCAUCAAGGAACUCCGUCGCUAUUGUCAGUUGGUUCCCGCAGACGCGCAAUUUCGUGCGACAAAGUCCUAUCUUCAGAACCAGGUUCCUGCACUGCUCGGCUCUCUCAAGCAAUGGGCAUUGGCAGGAUCUCAUGUUGUAGAUGCACGCCGCGCAGAGGUCCUACGUGGGGUGUUGAAUGAAGCUGAACAAGUUCUCCAAUCGGUACAGCACCUUCUUACGUCCUCUGACCAUGGGACAGUUCGACAUCGAAGGUACUGGAGGGACGGCGCAGUUGCUGUGAGUCGAGACUGGGCAAAUGUAAGUCAGAGUGAUCCAUCAGGCAGUAGAAAGACUCUAGAUCUAACCGGAUUUUACCAGUGGCACCACAUGUCAUAUACCGCUUGGUGCAAGCAUCACGGCAGGUAUAGAUCGCCCAGGAUAGGAUAUCGUUGUUGGAAUGAGGAGAUUCUUAAUCCGGCACUUCCUCAACUUCGCGCUAGUUGGGAUACCAUGCUUUUAUGGCUUGAGGAGGAGAAGAAUGGCCUUAACGAAGAGGUGUUCAACACGUUUCAAAAUGUGUGUAACUCGAUCAAUGAACAUCACGAAACAGCGCCGGAGGCCUUGAAAAAUCUGCUUUGGAACUUGAAACACCGGCAGAGAUGUAUAAAGGAUGUCAUUGCUCACGCUAUGGACGAGCUGUUUCAUGCAACCGCGAGAAUCAUCCUCGACACGAUGGGGGGGCAUUCAAGCUCGUAUAUGGUCAGUGUCAUGCUCCCAGUGUAUUAUGCCUGCAACCGUCAAUAUGGAAAGGGAAGCGAUGCCAGACGCAAGGAAAUUAUGGACCGUUCCAUUAUGUCCUCGGAUUUGUUUGAGGAUUUCGUGGCCCUAUUGGUGGAUGACUUUCGGGAUCUGAGGAAGGCCACUUUUGCGCGGCUUGGUCAACGGCUGCGGCAUGAGAUCCACAACAUUACACGCGAUCUGCGGGUUUCGGUCACCGUGGAAGGAGAGAGGUCCGAGGCUGAUCAAGACCUCAAAUAUGCAGCCGCCCUGAAGCGGAAAGCUGAACUAAUUCAAACGGCGUUGGGGGAAGCUCAAAAAAUCAUGCUGGAAGUCAGCUCCGUGGCGACGGCUUGA